AUGUACUUGUGUGCUUGCCAACAACAACGGAACCGAGUUAAGGUGGCUUGUGCAGCAUCAGAAAAACCCGCCAGUUCCCAGUCAAGCAUUGGGGGUGAUCCAGGGGUGUCUAUUGAAGUUGAGAUUGGAGAUCUCCAAAGCCUAGCCGCUACUGAGCCAGACUAUCGUCAUGCCCCAGCCAUUGGUGCAGAACAUGACAAGGUUCCAAGGCAUGCUUUCGCACUGAUGACGAACAUGACAUAUAUGAAGAGAUGUGCGUCCCCUAAGAUCUUGCUUGCCAGAGAUGAGAUGCCACAGCCCUAG